AUGAGCCACUAUAAAAGACACAGCAGGGCAACAAGAGCUGUAGUUCUGCUGGCGGCGCUGCUGGGCGGCGCUCGGGCCACAGACGGACCCCCGAUCUACGGAGUGAAGCUGUGCGGCAGAGAGUUCAUCAGGGCGGUCAUCUUCACCUGCGGAGGCUCGCGGUGGAGGAGGUCUCUGGACCUUUCAGGUGACCUCUCCAGUGACCUGCUCUCCGCUCAUGACGACGAGGUCUCUGACAGCUGGGCCGCAAACCCCAUCAUCGCUGGACUGUCAUACAGACCCCGUCCUGACACAGAGGCCCCUGCCUGGGCGGGAGAGGGCCCGGAGAGCCCCGUGUUCAGCCGGCCCGCCCGCUCACUCAUCUCAGAGGAAGUGCUGGAGGCCUUGCGCACGUCAGACAGGAAGGGGCGGGACGUGGUGGUCGGGCUGUCCAACGCCUGCUGUAAAUGGGGCUGCAGUAAGAGCGAAAUCAGCUCGUUGUGUUAAAGGACGACGUGACCCCAUUUCAUGCCCUUCCUCGCCCCUCAUUCACUCCAACCUGAAGAAUGACGGUGGAGAGGCUGUUGAAGUUUGUUACUAUCAAAUACUGAAAUAUAUGUGUGUCAGAGAUGUAGGAAUAGCAGAUUUUAUCCAAAGCGAAGAGCCUGUUUGUCACUCUGUUCAAAAGCU